AUGUCAUCAGUUUUGGAGUAUAGUAGAAUGGAGACGAGACGCAUGGUUUUAGGAUUGUAUAAGCAAUUAUUGCGUGAAAGUGCGAAAUUCCCAGCUUACAAUUACAGGCUGUAUGCACUGAGGAGGACCAAGGAUGCAUUCAAAGACAAUAAAACGGAGACAAACCCAGAAAAAAUACAGGAACUUAUUGGGAAAGCUCAGAAAAAUUUAGAAAUAAUUAAAAGACAGGUUACCAUUGAAAGACUGUACACAGAUACGAAACUUGUGAUAGAAAAGCCGAAACCUUCCAGUCAUGGUUCUCAGAGCUGACAGUGCCAUCUAGUGGUGACCUUUGACAUGUACUUGUGGCCAGUAUGAUUGUACAGCAGAGCAGCGACGGCAACAGUUGGGGGGGGGAUGACAUCUUCCAGAAUGUGACUGAAAUACUCCCAAAAACUGAUAAGAAAUCUUUGAAAAUAAUUUAUCAGACAGAGGAGUCUGUACAAACUCUACAGGAAGGUGUAUAAAUAUCUCGCAGCUAUUUAAUGGUCUCAGUGCUUUUGAGACCUUGUAAAAAAUAGUUCUUUUAGUAAAGACACUUUUUCUGGGAAAUUCUCCUAACAGGGGAUGACCUGAUGACCUUGCUAAUAGCACAAUGAAAUGUUUGAAGGUGAAAACUGUGAAGUUGUUUACAGGGCAUUUGUGAUUACACCUUGCAAAUAUAUCACACAAGUAACAAAACAUUGAACUUAUGUUUGUUGAUGUUUUUUAUUUGCAUUUUCUUGUAGGAUCUUCCUUUGCACGACGAUCAAAUAGUUGUGUAUAAUAAAUAGCAAUUGAAUUUGA